AUGAUAGGGUGCCUCAUCUUGUGGGGCAAGAGAAUUCGAGUUUCAGAGAAAUUCCAAGGCCCUGUGGCAGCUCUAAUGUUUGAUGUGAUCUGUUUGAUCUCCGUGGUGAAUGACAAACUUGUGCCAAAAUCAGAUGCAUUAAGCAUUAUCUCGUAUGGUUCAUUUGCCUUGAUGUCACUGUCCAUGUCAAGGAAGUUUGAGCUCGGAUUCGAAACUGGCUUCUCCAGUUUUUUCCUGUCAUUGUUUGCCACACAACUUUUCAAAAUCAAGUGGAUCCGACUACCUUUAGCAUUAGUUUUCUGCUCGCUUAUCAUUAGUCUUCGCCACUACUCAGAAUCCGUGUGGCAAGAUUCCCCAGGGAUGGAUGAAGAUUCAGGGCAAAGCCUACUAUGUGGGCAAGGGCAGGGACAACGGCAGCUAAGAUUGACCCACGUCAUCGAUAUGGUCACAAUCUACGCCUCUAUUAUGAUGUCUGGCUUAGAAGCCAAAGCAGCGAACCAUUUUUCUACUGGUAGACACUCCUUCUGA